AUGUCUAUGAUUGCCAUCUCCAACUUCAGCGAUUCCAACUUUGUUCUCACUGGUUUUCCUGGCCUAGAAGCUAACUACCUCUGGAUUUUCAUCCCUUUCUCCUCCAUCUAUGCCAUGGUGUUCAUGGGAAACUGCAUGGUGCUUCAUGUGAUUCGGACAGAGCCCAGCUUGCACGAGCCCAUGUUCUACUUCUUGGCCAUGCUGGCCCUUACUGAUCUAUCCAUGGGGCUAUCCACAGUGCAUACAGUGCUGGGAAUCCUGCUGGGUCUAGUUCGAGAGAUCAGUUUGGAUUCGUGCAUUGCACAGUCUUAUUUCAUCCAUGGUCUGUCUUUUAUGGAGUCAUCUGUUCUUCUUGCUAUGUCCUUUGACCGGUACAUUGCCAUCUGCAACCCAUUGCGUUAUUCCUCUAUCCUAACUAAUGACAAAGUCAAGAAAAUUGCAAUAGCUAUUUUAGGUAGGAGUUCUUUACUCAUACCUCCAGUCAUCAUCCGCCUGAAAUUCUUGAAUUAUUGUCAUCCUCACAUUUUAUCUCACUCUUUCUGCCUACACCAAGACUUAAUCAGAAUGGCCUGUUCAGACAUCCGUUUCAACAGCAUCUAUGGCCUAUUUCUGGUAAUCAGUAACCUGUUGUUGGAUGCAGUUCUCAUACUUAUUUCUUACAUCAUGAUUUUGCAUGCAGUUUUAGCCAUUGCAUCCCAGGAGGAAAGGAUGAAAACCUUGCAGACUUGUGUGUCUCACAUCUGUGCUGUUUUAGUUUUCUACAUUCCUAUUAUUGGUCUGACCAUGGUGCAUCGUUUUGGGAAACACCUCUCACCACUGGUUCAUGUUCUUAUGGGAAAUAUCUAUAUCCUUUUCCCACCCUUUAUGAACCCUAUUAUUUAUAGUAUCAAGACUCAGCAGAUACGAAAAAGAAUUAAGAGAUUGUUCCAGUUUAAAGGUACUUAA